AUGGAUUUGCGCGACAUGGAUGGGACCAAGAACGCGUCCGAGAUUUGGUCAAAUCACAGCAAUUUGGAGCAAACCGCGACCGAGGAGGUGCCCCUGUGGUACCAGAUCUCUACAUCGGUUCUGAUCGGUGCGCUUAUUCUGUGCUCCGUGUUUGGAAACGCGUGCGUCGUGGCGGCGAUCGCUUUGGAGAGGUCGCUGCAAAACGUGCAGAACUACUUAAUCGGAUCUCUAGCUGUAACGGAUCUUAUGGUGUCGGUGCUCGUAAUGCCCAUGGCGUGUCUGCGACAAGUUCUGAACAAGUGGAGACUCGGACAGGUCGCGUGUGAUAUAUUUAUCUCGCUGGACGUGUUGUGUUGCACAUCUUCGAUUCUGCAUCUGUGCGCAAUUGCGCUGGAUAGGUACUGGGCGAUCACCGACCCCAUAGACUAUAUGAAGAAACGGACUCUGAAGCGUGCGGCGGUUCUGAUCGGUGUCACCUGGCUGGUUGGUUUCUCGAUAUCCGUGCCACCUAUGCUGAUCAUGAAAUCACAGCCUAACAGCAAAACAAUGGAGAACUCGACGGACGUUUGCUCGAUCAGUGACGAUCCCUGGUACACCAUCUACUCUACAUUUGGCGCAUUCUACAUCCCGCUCAUCCUCAUGCUCGUGCUGUACGGGCGCAUCUUCAAAGCAGCUCGGUUUCGGAUCCGUAAAACCGUGCGCCGGACCGAGAAGAAGAAAGUCACCUGCCUGACAGUGUCUACCAACCCGGAGCAAACCGGGAAAACCUGGCGCAGCAGCGUAGAACCCAAACCGGCAUCGUGCGUCAACGGCGCGGUCAAGCACUCGGACGACGGAGAGUCUCUAGAGAUUCUGGAAGUUCACGGAUCUUCAAAGCACGACCUUCCGUUACCGAACACACCCAGCACCGCGCCGCUGUUCGAGAACAGAAACGAGAAGAGCACAGAUGCGAAGCGCAAACUGGCGCUGGCGCGGGAGCGCAAAACCGUAAAGACGCUGGGCAUCAUCAUGGGCACCUUCAUACUUUGCUGGCUGCCGUUCUUCAUUAAAGCCCUGGUGAACCCAUUCUGCCAGUCCUGUUACAUGCCUGUGUGGCUCAUAGAUGUGAUCGACUGGCUGGGCUACUCCAACUCCCUGCUCAACCCCAUCAUCUACGCGUACUUCAACAAGGACUUCCAGAACGCCUUCCAAAAAAUCCUCAAAUGCCACUUUUGUCGGAAAUGA